CCGUCCUUCCCUCAUUCUUCUUCCUUCCCGCCAGUUUUCGGCUUCCUUCGUUUAGAGCCAAAACCACGGCCAACCGCCAGUGAAGUGACGGGCCAUUCGCAAUGGCUUUCAAGACGUGGUUGAUGACGGCCCUCGUUGGCCUCGCCAACGGCCUGGCCUCAACCGACACCAUCACCUGGGGAGGCGACAACUCACGAGCCGGGUACCAGACAAAUCACAACAUGGACCCCUCCGUCGUGGGGAGCUCCCAGUUCGGCCAGCUCUUCCGCACCCUUCUUCCGGGCAGAUACGGCAACGUCCCCGAGCAGAUCUUCUCUCAGCCACUCGUUUACACGCCCGACGGCGACGACACCCAAUACGUCUACGUCGCGACAACACAGAAUAAUGUCUACAAACUUAAUGCAAAGACGGGCGACAUUGUCGCAUCCCGCAACCUCCACCUUCCUUUCCUCACCGCCGAUCUGGACGGCUGUUACGAUAUCCAGCCUCACGUCGGAAUCACCGCCACCGGUGUCAUUGACCCUUCCACCAACACUGUUUACUACACGGCCAAGACGUACGCCGACCAGACCCAGCCGAAUGUCGCCCAAGGCCGUCCGGCCGGCCGUUACUACCUUCAUGCGCUGGACGUGAACGACCUCAGCGAUCGCCCCAACUUCCCCGUCGACCUCGAGGGCACCGUCGCGAGGAACAACCCGAUUCGGUCCUUCAACGGAGGCAUCCACCACCAGCGACCUGCCCUGCUCCACGUCGGCAACUACGUCUACGCCGGCUUUGCUUCUCACUGUGUGCAGUACAACUUCACCGGCUGGGUCAUUGGCUGGGACAAGACGACGGGUAACAUCGUCGAGCGCUUCGCUACCCAGGGUGACGGCGUUCCCGCCAACGUCGAGGGCGCUGGUAUCUGGAUGUCGGGCGGCGGUCUCUCGUCGGACGACGCCGGCUCCAUGUUCUACGCCACCGGCAACGGCUACGCCUCCCAGCUCAGCACCAUCCCCGUGAAGGGCCGUGAACCCCCAACUGCCCUGGAAGAGGCUGCUGUCCACAUGACCAUCAACGAAGACGGUAGUCUGACCCUGGUCGACUUCUUCAUGCCCUGGGAAAAGCAGGCCCUGGACGGUGCCGACAAAGACCUGGGAACCAGUCCUCUGCAGAUUCUACCGAGCACCUUUUCCUGCGGCGAGGUUCGUCGCAUCGGCGUGGUGACCGGGAAAAGCGGCAAGACCUACUGGCUCAACCUGGAUGACUUGGGUGGCUACCGCAACGGCGCGAAUGGCCUGGACGAUGUGCUCCAAGUCUACCAGAAUGAAAACUCCGUGUAUGCCGGCGCAGGUGUCUACCCGGGCGAGGGUGGUUACAUCUACAUCAAUGUCAUCCAGUAUCCCACCCAUGUCUUCAAAUUCUCUUGCGAGGCUGGUGUUCCCUCCUUCACCAAGGUCGCCGACACCCCGAUGAACAACGCCUACAUCCUCGGUGUCAGCCACGGCACCGUCACGACCCUCAAUGGCCAACCCGGCACCGGCCUUCUCUGGACGACCGAUGUACAGGGCUCGCAGCUCAAGAUCUUUGAGGCCGUCCCCAAAGACGGCUUUUUGAACCUGAUCAAGUCCUUCAGCGUCCCGGCCACCACCAAGUUCACCAGGGCCGUCUUCGGAGACGGAAUCAUGUACCAGGGCACCACCCAGGGCUACAUCUACGCUUUCGGUUCGCCCGUUACGACUCCUCUCAACUGCACGUCUACCAAUGAGUUUGGUACCGUCGACGUCGGUUCUGAGAGCGAGCCGCGCACUGUCACCUGCACUGCCGUCAUUGGCGUCACCGUUGAUACCGUCGCUCUGGACGAAGCGGAGGAAUUUACGCUCUCUGGCGUGCCCACGCUCCCUCUUACGCUGGCCCCCGGCGAGACCUUCACCGUGGGCGCCGUAUUCAAGCCCACGACCGUCGGUCUCAUUUCCGCUGACAUCAUCGUCGACACAACCAACGAUGCCGAGGGCUACAGCCUGGGCACGCACAUCAGACUCACUGGUACCGGUGAAAGCGCCAAUCCGCUGCUGUCCAUCACGCCCCCCACUGUCACUUUCCAGGGCGUAAUUGCCGGGCAAGAAGGCGGCACCGACGAGAGUGUCAUUCUGUCGAACCAGGGCAACUCGGACUUGUCCAUCACCGACGUCGAGUUCUCCACAACGAGCGCUGCGGGCCCCUUUACGAGCUGGGACAGAGCAACCUCCAGUCUCACCGUCGGCAAGUUCACGCUCACCAACGUUCCUGCUACGAUUCCCGCCAACACCGCCGUCACGGUUCGCAUUGCUUUCGACUCUGCCACUAGCGGCAGCUUCGGUGCCUACCUCAAGGUCUCCUCCAACGGCGGAACCAAGUCCUUCACGAUCGCGGGCUCUGCAGGCCCUGCUCCUGCGGCUCUGGUUGAGUUCCAAACGCCCGAUGGCACUGGUUGGGUCGAGUACGAAGCGGACAAGCCUUUCAGCUUUGGCAACGUCACCGAAAACAGCUCAAGAGCGCUCAAGUUCCGUGUCACGAACAACGCUGGCGAGGGCGCCGUCAGGCUUUCCCUCACCGUCUCGAAGCCGCCCUUUGGAAUCCCUGGCAUCAUCCAAGCUGCCAACUUGGUAGACCUUGCCGAAGGCACUGUUCUCGGUCCCGGCGAGAGCGCUACUGCGACCAUGAUCUGCACGGUGCCCAAGGCGCAGUGGAACACCGACCCAUACACCGGAGUCGCGCCUUGGACGAUGAACACUAACGACCCCAACUUUGAGAAGCACUUGUUCAGCUUCGAGUGCACAGCCGUCGCCGAGCAAGCGCCGCCUCUGUUGCCCGAUGGCCAAGGCAAGUACCGCUACAUUGGCUGCUACAGGGAGAACAACCCAGGCCGCCAACUCACGAACCAGCUGUACGGGAACCCCAACAACACCAACGCCAUGUGUAUCGCCGCUUGCGCCGAGAAGGGCUACGUCUUCUGCGCCACGCAGUACCACACCGAGUGCUGGGGCGGCCCGCGUAUUCCUGUCGAAAAGGUCGACCCCCGCAACUGCCAGUUCGAUUGUGGCGGAGAUCUCAACCAGGUUUGCGGUGGCAACGGAUUCGGCGAGACGGAAGGCCUUGGCGCGUUUCUCUCCGUAUUCGCCGACUCGGUCCAGUGGGACGGAAACACCACUACGCCCGCCCCGAGCCCUGAUCCGGCGGGCCCUGAGGUCAACCCUGGCGUAGGACAGUACGUGAGCCAGGGCUGUUACACCGAGCCCGCCGACGAGCGCGCGUUGACCUACCUCAUUCCCACCGAUGAGAAGACUGUUGCAUCGUGUAUCGAGGGUUGUGCUGCAAGUCAGUACACGUACGCCGGUUUGGAGUACGGAGGAGAGUGUUGGUGUGGAAACGUCCUGUCGGCCAAAUCUCUUCCCGUUGAUGCCGCUGAAUGCAGCAUGGCUUGCGCCGACAACAGCACCGAAUACUGCGGUGGCUCAACCAGACUCAACCUGUACAAGCUUGAAGGCGAACUGCCGGCGCCGACGUCGACCGCCGCCGUUACGACUGGCACCGAGACUUCAACGGCUGUUCCCACUGCCACUGCUCCGCCCACCAACGAGCGGGUUGGCGACUGGCUCUUGGAGGGCUGCUACACUGAGGGUGAUGGCGUUCGCGCUCUUGGCGCCCGCAUGUACGCCAACGACUCCAUGACUCUCGAAAUCUGUGGCGGAUUCUGCCAGGGCAACAAGUACUUUGGCACAGAAUACGGCCGAGAGUGCUGGUGCGGUGACGAAUUCGGCACAGGAAGCGUCCUCGCCGCGAACCAGGACGACUGUUCGUUCCCUUGCGGCGGCGACAGCACCCAGCUCUGCGGUGCUAGUAACAGGUUGAGCGUCUACGUGUACUCGCCCGAGGGAGCUGUUGUUGACUCGGAGACGUCGACGACGGCGGCUGCCACUACGACGACUUUCUCGAGUUUGGCAGUCCCUUCAAACGGAACCGCAACCACCGUCGCCACGACCACUGAAACUCCUCUGGCCGAGGAGACGGGAUCUCGAACUGCGGCCGCUGUGGAACCCACAGUAGAAGUAUCUACCACGACUGCUUCCUCCACCCCAUCCAACUCCACCGUCACUACUAUCGGUUCCGUAACCGCUGAGGCCUCCAGCACCUCGUCCACUCCUUUGACAACAAACUUGCCGACUACAUCGUCGUCCAGUGUCCUCCCCGGCACCACGACAUCGACAUCGUCUGCCACUCCCACGCCGACCGGCCCCGUCAUCUCGCCCGGCAACGAAAACUUCACGUACUACGGAUGCUUCUCCGAGCCUGAGAUCGGCCGCCUGCUGCCGACCCAGAUCCUCAACCGGGUCAAUAUGACCAUUGACAUGUGUCUGAACGCCUGCUACGACACGAACUACGCGGGUGUCGAGUACGGCCGCGAGUGCUGGUGUGGCGACUCGCUGAGCCUGGGUGGCGCCGAUGAGACCAGGCCGGCGGCCAAUGUGACGGGCACCGAGUGCUCUUUCACAUGCCCCGGCAACAGCACUCAGUUCUGCGGUGCCGGUGUGAGGAUGAGCUUGUACAUACUGACCGAGGAGCUGGAGCGGUUGGAGAAGUCAAACUCGACGCUAUCGUUGAAGCACUGAUCAAAAAUUAAUGGGGGGUUAAUGUCUAUUCUUGCGCAACCAUAGAGGCCAACGGCCACGGUGCUACACGGGUAUCUACUCGAACAAAUUUCAUAUAAUUUUGAUGUCUAUAUUUUGACUACAUGGAUUAUCUGUUUGAUUUAUCUUUGUGAAAUUUCUUGGUGAACAACGCCAAGCUUUAGCGACACUUCACUGCUUAAAGAACCCGUACAUCUGCCACUCAAUAUCGUUGGGUAGUGAGGACCCACCGGCUGUUUUCGCUCGUCUCUCUUGGAUUGGCAGGCUACUUCUUGUCUUGGACUCUUGCUGUCCAACACGAAACCAUGAUCGUUUCCAUCGAUCCUCCAGAGGGCAUCCGGGCGGACAGCCAGCUCAACCCACACCCCCCCCU